AUGUUUAAUACCACAUUUAUUCGGCCUGCAAAAUUCUAUCUUGGUGGGUUUUCCAAUAUCCCUCAUAUUAGGUAUUUCUAUAUCUUCCUGUGUUUUGUCUACAUCGUGACUGUUUUGGGGAACGGUUUUCUUCUCUCAGUUAUUUGGCUGGUGAAGACUCUUCAUACUCCUAAAUACAUGGUUGUGUUCAACAUGGCUUUGACAGAUUUGUGUGGGAGCACAGCUCUCAUUCCAAAAGUCUUAGAUACUUUUCUGUUUGACAGGAGAUACAUCGUCUAUGAGGCCUGUUUAAGUUAUAUGUUCUUUGUUAUUUUCUUUGCAAGUGUGCAGUCAUGGACACUUGUCACGAUGGCAUAUGACAGACUUAUAGCCAUUUGUCUCCCUUUAAGGUAUCAUAAUAUUGUGACUGAAACAUCAAUUACUGCAAUUCUGCUGUUUGUAUGGUGUUUUUUUGUAACUGCAAUAGCAACCAUGGUUGGGCUUCUUAAUCGUCUCUCAUUCUGUAGCUCUUUGGUUAUAAACAGCUUUUUUUGUGAUCAUGGACCAGUAUAUCGUUUAGCUUGUAAUGAUAUAUCUAUAAAUCAGAAUUUAGCAUCUGCCAUUGUCAGCAUAAUUCUCAUCAUUCCUCUAGCAUUUAUAGUAGCCACAUAUAUCUGUAUUUCCAUAGCAGUGAGCAGGACUGCAUUCAGAGAGGAACGACUCAGAGCGUUAAAAACUUGUACUUCUCACCUGAUGCUUGUUGCUAUUUUCUUCCUACCAUGGACAGGUACUAAUGUAGCUGCAGUCAGCUCCUACAUUGAUCCUAAUGCCAGAAUGAUAAAUUCUGCAUUGACCCACACCAUACCACCUUUGCUCAAUCCCAUUAUAUAUGCUUUAAAGACAGAAGAAGUGACGAAUGCUAUCAAGAAGCUUUGCAAAAGACAUUAUUUUAAUGCUGGAGUCCAGGGAAACAGCGUCCAUGGAGAGCAGAAGGUCGACCCGGGGGGCGACAGCACAAAAGUUCAUAGUUCGACUGUUCUGGGGGCCGACCACGUGAGAAGUGCCAGUGGCAGCAGAACAGGACUGGAGGCCGGCGGCGUGGAGGCCGGCGGCGUGGAAGACAGCGGCGGCUCUCGAGUGUCGGGCGUACUAGUUGAGACUUGGUGGGCAUUGGAUCAAACGAGGCCAGAUGGUGGCGUGGCAGCCACACGCGACGAUGGAGCCGGACCAGAUGGUGGCGUGGCAGCCACAGGCGACGAUGGAGUCGGACCAGACGGUGGCGUGGCAGCCACAGGUGACGAUGGAGCCGGACCAGACGGCGACGAUGGAGCCGGACCAGGCGACGGCCGAGAAGAGAUGCAGAGCCAGCAGGUGCGGAGACCUCUGGCUCAGCGGACGCUAACUGUAGCUGCACAGGGCACGCAGUCGGCUUGGGAUGCAACGGCUGGGGCUGUGCGGGGCAAACAGUCUGUCCAAGAUGUGUCAGCACCAUGCAGUCCUCAGCUGGCUGAGCAAGCUCACAAAGGCUUCCAGUUGAGGUUGGUAGUGACUGAAUGGGCUGCUGAGCUUUUAACAGGGCUGGUGACUGAGCAAACAACUGAACUAGAGACUGAACUGGUGACAGAACAGGAAACUGGGCUAAUAACUGAGAUAAUGACUGCGCCAUGGAUAGAAGUGCAAGUUGUAGUGGUGGUUGCAGUGAUGGUGGGUCAGCAGGCAGUUGAACUGGUGACUGAGCAGGUGUCAGACUCUUGGCUGCUCUCCUCCGGGGAACAGGAACGGGUGCAGGGCCUGGCCGAACACCACCCAUCCCCACCCGAGGAACAGAUACGGGUGCAGGGAUGA